CGCGCAGGAAGAAAGCGACCACGCCAAGAAUCGAGGGAUCUCAACAGAAAGCCGGCAUGGUGCAUGGUGAGAAACCGAGCCGGAAGAGAGACCGUCGUCGAGGCUGUCCCUGGGCAGGGGGGCAGGCGAGGGGGGGGCAGGCGAGGUGGGGCAGGAGGGGCGGGGGGGGAGACACGGGGAGUAGAAAAUGGGAGGCGGGGAAACCUGGCGCGCCCCGCCGCAUGACGUCCAGGCACGGGACUCAGGGGCCGCUGGGACACGUCGGCUCGCCCUGCCACGUGCCACGUGGGCGUGGAUGUCACGAACAGCGGGACUUUCGCAGCAGAUGCGUCGCUUCUUGCCGUCUCCCGCACUUCUGCUCCUCGGAGAGCUUGGCCACAAGCUCGGACGCACGCUUUUUCAGCUGCUCCGUCUUCGUCUCCGGGGCCGAGCAUCUCCAGAGCCCGCUGUGACUGCUCGGCAUCCAGAGAAAUGACGUCGGGCUCCAGCUUCGCCUCCCACAUCUCGCUUGGCAGCGCCACAACAACCAGCGGCCAGUGUGCGCCCUUCUCGGACGGGGUGGUCCCUGCGUUGUAGCUCAUCACACUGAUCUCCAGCUUUGCCUCUCACAUCUCGCUGAUCAACACCAAACCCCGCUGCCACUUCCCGCCCUUCUCGCAAUCGCCGGUCCCAGCGACUUAAAUGGUGACGCUGGGCUCAAAGCAGCGCCAUCGCCCAUUGUCUCUUGCAUUGUUCGCACAAGCUAACUCCAGCUUUGAAGCUGCCGAUGUCGGGCCCCAGCGUUGCCUCCUGCAUUUCGCCGAGCAGCGCCUGAGCCCGCAGCCCCUCUUGGCCUCUUGCGCACGCGCUGAUGCCAGCGCUGUAGCUGCGGACGCUCGGCUUCAACUUCGCCUCCCACAUCUCCACGAGUAACGUCCGAGCCCUAAUCCCAACGUUGUAGCUGACGACGGCGGGCACCAGUACCGCCUUCCACGUCUCUCUGAGCGCUGCCGCUGGUCGCCCUUCCAGCCCGCGCUGAUCCCAGCGCUGUAGCUGAUGACGUCGGGCUACAGUUUUGCCUCCCACGUCGCGCAGAUCAGCGACAAGGCCUGCUGCGACUUGCCCUUCUCGCAACUGCUGACCCCGUCGCGGUGAUAAAGAUGACGCUGGGCUCCAACGUUCGCGCAUCUGACCGAGAAGCGCCGAACUACGCUGCUACGGCUCGCCCUUGUCGCACGCACUGAUCCCAACGCUGUAACUGAUAACGUCAGGCUCCGACUUCACCUACCACGCCUCGCUGAGCAGCAACGGAGCCUGAUGCCAUUGAUUGCCCUUCCAGCACGCGCUGAUCCCAGCGCUGCAAUUGGUGAUGGCAUUGGGCUCCAGCGCUGCCUCCCACAUCUCGCUGAGCAGCGCCUGCGCCGGCUGCCACUACUCGUCCUUUCUUGCACCCAGUGAUCACAACGCUCAAGUUCCGAUAACGUCCGAAUCCCAACAUCGCCUCCAACAUCUCGUUCAACAGCGCCAGGGCCCGCGGCCACGUAGCUGGCUGCGUUGGGCUGUAGCUUCGCCUCCCACAUCUCGCUCAGCAGCGCCAGGGCCCGCUGCCACUGCUCGUCCUUCGCGCACGCGCUGAACCCAGCUGGUGACGUCGAGCAUCAGCUUCGGCUCGCACAUCGCGCUGAGCAGCGCCAGAGCCCGCUGCCAGCGUUGGAGCUGCCUGAUUAGCCUUUCGCAUCGCUUCUGCAAAGCAGAGCGACGAUCGCAGGGCUGUAGCUGAUGACGUCGGGCUCCAGCUUCGCCUCCCGCAUCUCGCUCAACAACACCAGCGCCUGCUGCCACUGCCCGCCCUUCUCGCACGCGCUGAUCCCAGCGCUGUAGGAGAGAUGGCGCUGGGCUCCAGCUUCGCCUCCCGCAUCUCGCUCAGCAGCGCCAACGCCGGCUGCCACUGCCCGCCCUUCUCGCACGCGCUGAUCCCAUCGCUGUACCUACGACGUCGGGCUCCAGCUUCGCCUCCCGCAUCUCGCUCAGCAGUGCAAGCGCCCGUUACCACUGCUCGCCCUUCUCGCAUGCGUUGAUCCCAGCGCUGUAGCAAAUGGCGUCGGGAUGCAGCUCCGCCUCCCUCAUCUCGCUCAGCAGCGCCAGCGCCCGCUGCCACUGCUCGCCCUUUUCGCACGCGCUGAUCCCAGCGCUGUGGCUAGAUGACGUCGGGCUCCAGCUUCGCCUCCCGCAUCGCGCUCAGCAGCGCCAGCGCGGGCUGCCACUGCUCGCCCUUCUCGCACGCGCUGAUGCCAGCGUUGCAGGUUAAUGACGUCGGGCUCCAGCUUCGCCUCCCGCAUCUCGCUGAACAACGCCAGCGCUGGCUGCCACUGCCCGCCCUUUUCGCACGCGCUGAUCCCAGCGCCGUAAAUGAUGACGUCGGGCUCCAGCUUCGCCUCCCGCAUCUCGCUCAACAACGCCAGCGCCGGAGAGAUGACGUCGGACUCCAGCUUCGCCUCCCACAUCUCGCUCAGCAGUGCCAGCGCCCGCUGCCAUUGCCCGCCCUUCUCGCACGCGCUGAUCCCAGCGCUGUAGCUAUGAUGUUGGGCUCCAGCUUCGCCUCCCACAUCUCGCUCAGUACUGACAGCGCGUGUUGCCAUUGCCCGCCUUUUCUGCAUGCACUGACAGUCACAAUGUAGUGACUUGGGGCGAGUUGCACACCUGAUCGAAUUCCUUCGCGGAGCAACCGCAGUGCUGCGCUCCACUGCUUUGUCCGACCGCAGUUCUUGAUCGACGCUUCGAGGGAACCAGCGCCUCCUCGAGACCCUGGAGCGAGUUCCAGCAUCCGAACAGAGAAGGUAUCACGGCUUGAGCGAAAAAGACCCUGGGUCAAGAUGGUUCGAGCCCAACUCACUACAGGGCGGCUUUUUA